CAAACGUCAUCCCGCGUCGCGGCAGGGCUGGCGAAUCACACCCCUCACAUCUGCCCACGAGGUGCAAAUUUGCGCGUUCACAGGCUGCACGCCGACCCCGCUGUUAACCGUGGCACGUUCCGCUACCACAGCACAGGACCAUGAAGUUCGGCCAGCUGUUCAAGGACACGCUGCGCAACGAGGGCUUCCCGCCCGAGUGGAUCCAGAGCGCCAUCUCGUACUCGCAGCUCAAGAAGUGCAUCAACCGCCUGUCCUCUGAGCUCUCCGAGCUCGGCCUUGAUCCCGAGACGCUGGGCAAGCUGCUCAAGCAUGUCGAGGACUACAAUGCGGCCGCCGACCAAUCCGACCCGGCGCAUCGCCCGUUUGAGUACAUCCUGGACGAUUCCGAGGACGAAGAUGUGCAAGGUGCCGGCUUGACCAAGUCGCGCAAGACGUUCCAGCCGAAGCUCGUCUUCCAUGUCGACGAGGUGACGGGCGCCUUGCACAGCGCGCAGCUGGACGAGAAGACGAAGCGCAAACUGCAGAUGCUCGCCGUCGAGACGGGCAUGACGGAGCUCCGCGUUUUCGAAGAGCCAGACACCCAAGACAAGCCCGUCCGCCCGGGCACCGUUUCAGCAAAUAGCUCCAGAAAGCGUCCAGGCUACCGCAGAAUCGAGAUUCCUCUAACCUCCGACACGGAAUUCUUCACCAAGCUCACCGCCGAGCUUUCCGGCCUUGAAGCCCUCCAGAAGCGCGAAGAAGUCCGCAUGCACGGCGAGAUCACCAAUCUGGGCAAGCAGAUCGCGCACCUGACGGACCCCGACCGCCGCGCCAACAAGAAGCUGCUGAGCGUGUGGCGCCAGAUCUUCCAGAUGUACCUAGAAGAAGGCAUUUUCUUCGGGACGACGGAGAGCGACCACAGCGCGCACGACGCCGCAAAAGCGCAGGAGCGACUGAAUGCCUUUUACGAGAAGCUGCAGGCCAGCGGGCUCACAGAAAAGCUGAAGAAGAAGGAGAACAUGCAGGCGUUCCAGACGUUUAUGCACAUCAACCAGGAGAUUCUGCAGGGCCUGCGGUUCGGCGAGAUCAACGAGACGGCUAUGCGCAAGAUUUUGAAGAAAUUCGACAAGCGCACCGCCCUCGGCGUCAAAGCCACCGUCCCCAAGGCCAUCACCUACCCCUCCUUCAGCUCGCACCUUGCGCGCGCCGUCUGCGCCGAAGUCUCCACUGAGAUCCUCUCGCACGUGCCCCAGAUCGAGGACUACGCCUGCCCCAUGUGCAUGGACCUAAAGUGGCGCCCCGUCCGGUUGUCGUGCUCCCACGUCUUCUGCAUCCGCUGCCUCAUCGUCAUGCAGAAUAACAAGCAGGACAGGUGUCCGCUGUGCAGGCAGCGGACGGUGGCGGGUGCCAAUAGUGACAACUUGGACGAGCAGAUGGCGGCGUUUUUGAAAAAGUGGUUCCCCGACGAGGUCAGAGAGAAGCAGAGGUACAAUGAGCUUAUGGCCGGGGUCGAUCAGUAUGGGGAGGUGUAUAAGGAGAAGUGUGCCGUCAUGUGAGAGAGGGAGAGGGGGAUGUCGGAGCUGCGGUGCCGUGCGUUGACUUCGAUUCGAUUGAGAUACCCCAUUAGCAUAGUGUGCAUGCGUAGUUUGCUGUUUUGAAAUAUCCGUGUUCUGGCAUCCUACUCCCCUUUUGCCGCAGUCCCCAAAAGUGCGUGAGUCACAUUCGCGUGUGCCGAGUUCG